GCAGCAGCAGGCUGACUGGCUCUGUGAAGAUGGCGGACUGUAUACGUGUUCCUCUGCUCCUGCUUUUGAUGUGCAUCUUGUCGUUUGUGCAUUCAAUUCGAGGAGAAAACAAUGUUAUUGCCAAACUUGCUGGCAAUCCUGAAAACCUACCAAACCCAGCCGGAGUUCUGGGGCCCGCUGCGGGGAACCCGGGAGCCAUUGAGAAGAACCAGGGCGCUGGGGCCUCGCUAUCGCGGAGGCGCUCUGCCGGCUUGAAGUUGGCUGAGGAGGCGGUGUGCAGGGAGGACCUGACCCGGCUUUGCCCCAAACAUUCCUGGAACAACAACCUGGCGGUACUGGAGUGUCUCCAGGACAGGAAAGAGGAAACAGAAAUUGCUGCUGAAUGCAACCAUCUUCUGUGGAACUACAAGCUGAACCUGACCACUGACCCAAAGUUUGAGUCUGUUGCAGUGGAGGUCUGCAAGACAACCAUUUCUGAGAUAAAAGAAUGUGCAGCAGAGGAGCUGGGGAAAGGUUAUCUAGUGUCCUGUCUUGUGGAUCACCGUGGCAACAUCACUGACUACCAGUGCAACCAGUAUAUCACAAAGAUGACCAGCAUCGUUUUCAGUGACUUCAGGCUCAUCUGCGGCUUCACGGAUAAGUGUCGCGAUGACAUCAAUGCUCUGCACUGCGGUAGCAUCAGCACCGGAGAGAAGGACAUCCACUCACAGGGUGAGGUGAUCGCCUGUCUGGAAAAAGGUUUAGUGCGGGAGGCCGAGGAGCAACCAGGGGCGCAUGCCAUCAAGGACGACUGUAAAAAGGCCAUCAUGAGAGUUGCCGAGCUCUCCUCUGAUGACUUUCACCUCGACCGCUACCUUUACUUUGCCUGCAGAGAAGACCGAGAACGUUUCUGUGAACAUACGUUGGCUGGGGAGGGAAGAGUUUACAAAUGUCUCUUUAAUCACAAGUUUGAGGAAGCCAUGUCUGAGAGGUGUCGUGAGGCGCUGACCACCAGGCAGAAGCUGAUUGCUCAGGACUACAAGGUGAGCUACUCACUUGCUAAAGCUUGCAAGUCAGACCUGAGGAAGUACCGCUGCAGUGUGGACACCAAUAUGCCCAGAGCCCGAGAAGCUCGCCUGUCUUACCUCCUGCUGUGUUUGGAGUCGGCUGUACAUCGAGGUCGUGUGGUCAGUGGUGAGUGUCAGGGUGAAAUGAUGGAUUACAGGCGGAUGCUGAUGGAGGAUUUCUCUCUGAGUCCUGAGAUCGUGCUGCAUUGUCGCAGUGAGAUUGAAGGUCACUGCUCCGGUCUGCACCGCAAAGGGCGAACUCUGCACUGCCUUAUGAGGGUCGGUCGGGGAGACGAGGGAGCCAUUGAGCCCAACUGUCAGAAGGCACUCCAAACACUGAUCCAGGAAGCCGACCCAGGAGCCGACUAUCGCAUUGAUCGGGCGCUUAACGAGGCCUGUGAGUCUGUCAUCCAGACAGCAUGCAAACACAUCCGCAACGGAGACCCUAUGAUCCUGUCAUGUCUGAUGGAACAUCUGUACACUGAGAAGAUGGUGGAAGACUGUGAACAAAGACUGUUGGAGCUGCAGUACUUCAUCGCCAGAGACUGGAAGUUGGAUCCAAUCCUGUAUAAGAAAUGUCAGGGUGAUGCGUCCCGACUCUGCCACACUCACGGCUGGAACGAGACCAGCGAGAUGAUGCCACCUGGUGCCAUUUUCUCCUGCCUGUACCGCCACGCCUAUCGCUCUGUGGAGCAGGGACGGAGGCUCCCCAGUGGGGCGGAUGAAGCAGAGAAGCUUGGUUUGACUCUGUCCCGGGACUGUAAAGUAGAGGUGCAGAGGAUCCUGCAUCAGAGGGCACUGGAUGUGAAGCUGGACCCUGAGCUGCAGAGACGCUGUAUGACUGACCUGGGAAAGUGGUGCAGUGAAAAAACAGAGGCUGGUCAGGAGCUUGAGUGUCUGCAGGACCAUCUGGAGGAUCUGGUGUCUGACUGCAGAGAUGUCGUGGGAAACCUGACAGAGCUGGAGUCAGAGGAUAUUCAGAUUGAGGCGCUGCUGAUGCGAGCAUGUGAACCAGUCAUUCAGGCCUACUGCCAUGAGGUAGCUGAUAAUCAGAUCGACACUGGUGAUCUGAUGGAGUGUUUGGUUCAGAACAAACACCAGAAGGAGAUGAAUGAGAAGUGUGCAGUGGGAGUAACACACUUCCAGCUGAUUCAGAUCAAAGAUUUCCGAUUCUCCUACAAGUUUAAGACGGCCUGCAAGGAAGACGUCCUCAAACUGUGUCCCAACAUCAAGAAGAAGGUGGAUGUUGUGAUUUGCCUCAGCACCACAGUGAGGAACGACACCCUGCAGGAUGCCAAGGACCAGAGAGUGUCCCUCAAAUGUCGUAAGCAGCUGCGGGUGGAAGAAGUAGAGAUGUCAGAGGACAUCCGUCUAGAACCAGAGCUGUACGACUCCUGCAAGCAGGACAUCAACAGGCUGUGUCAGAACGUGGCCUUCGGCAAUGCACAGGUUAUUGAAUGUCUCAAAGAAAACAAGCGUCAGCUGACCCAGCGUUGCCACCAGAGGAUCUUCAAGCUGCAGGAGGUGGAGAUGGUUGAUCCUGAACUGGACUACCAGCUGAUGAGAGUCUGCAAGCACAUGAUCAGGCGGUUCUGCACGGAGUCGGAGGGAAAGAACGUUCUUCAGUGUCUGAAACAGAACAAGAACAGUGAGCUGAUGGAUCCCAAAUGCAAACAGAUGAUCACCAAGAGACAGAUCACCCAGAACACAGACUUCAGGUUGAACCCAGUGCUGAGGAAAGCCUGCAAAGCUGACAUCCCAAAAUUCUGCCAGUCUAUCCUGAACAAGGCAACUGCUGACAGUGAGCUGGAGGGUCAGGUCAUCUCCUGCCUCAAACUCAAAUAUGCAGACCAGCGUUUGUCUCCUGACUGUGAGGAUCAGAUCCGGGUCAUCCUACAAGAGUCAGCCCUUGACUACAGACUGGACCCUCAACUACAGAUCCAUUGCACGCAAGAGAUCUCCAGGCUUUGUCCAGAGGAGGCAGCUGCUCAAGAGCAGACAGGACAGGUAGAGGAGUGUCUAAAGGUCAACCUGCUCAAGAUCAAACAAGAAGGAUGUAAGAAGGAAGUGUUGAACAUGCUGAAAGAGAGUAAGGCAGACAUUUUCGUCGACCCCGUCCUUCACACAGCCUGUGCUCUGGACAUCAAACACCACUGUGCUGCCAUUCCACCUGGCAAAGGCCGUCAAAUGUCGUGUCUGAUGGAGGCGCUGCAGGACAAACGUGUUCGCCUGCAGCCAGAGUGUAAGAAGAGACUUCAGGAUCGCAUCGACAUGUGGAGCUACGCUGCCAAGGUGGCUCCUGCUGAGGGCUUCUCGGACCUGGCCAUGCAGGUGAUGACAUCCCCGUCCAAGAACUACAUCCUGACUGUAAUUGGUGGUGGUGUGGCAGUGCUCUUCCUGAUGGGGCUGCUGUGUGGCAGAUUCACCAAACGAGUCACUCAGGAGCUGAAGGACAGGUAGACUCCGCCCCACUCUGGAGUCAGGACAUGUCCACAAGAGAAACAACGCCCCCUGAAAAGGACCUCUCCAUCAUUUACCCCUACGUACUCUCCCACCUUACCCUCCAAAAGUCCACCGGACAAUCUAAACCACUUUAAUUUUUGUCACCUCAUUUAAUUUGUCCUCCCUCCUUUCACCCUCUCUGACAUCGCUGUUGGGGUGAACACCCACAAUCCCACAGAUGGAAGUGGGCAUGAUCAAUGACUCCCAUGCCCACUGCUGCAUCGUCUUCACCUUUUUUCCCUUUUCUUCCUGAGCUACAGAGCACCGGGGCCUCUUGCAGUUGCACCACAAAGUCACCCGAUGUAGAUGCAGUAUUAUUCUGAUUUUUUUUGUCUUUUUUUUGCCUCCUUCUUUGCUGUGGGUUAGGGGUGCGGAGAGGGAGGGGGUUGUAAAGAUUAGAGGUGAGGAUUUAGGGGCAAGGGGGUGAAUGAAAUUAUACUGAGUGUAAAUGUGUAGAAAAUGGGAUGGAGAAAAUGCUCAUGUAUAGAGCAGUUUAAUGACUCCCAUAUUUUAAUGACAAAAGUGUGUGUGAUGAUAUGAAAGUGUGUGUGUUAGCGAGUGUGUGCGACCCAAACUGUCUUUCUACCACCAUAUUGUUCUUGUUUGUCUUUCUGCAAAAUGUUUUUGAGGGUUGUGUUGCUCUUUUUUGCUGUUAUAUGUUGACUUUAUCGCCAUGGGACUGCCAGGCGGGUGGUGCCAACCAGCCAGCCCUCAAUCGAGCCACAGAUGAAAAGAGGCGAAGGGGAACCACACUACACAUACUCCAGGUCAAAGCUCUUCUUACCAUGGAAAUUAUUUGUGGAUUUUGUUUUUGAUUUUUUUUUUUUUGUUUAAUUUUUGGAAACCGCGUAUGCUGCAACCUCAGCUCGUCUCUAAUGCAGUCUAAUUGACAAUUAGUAUUUUUGCUUCCUACCCAACCUGUGCCAUAAAUGCACUAUGUCCGUCGGCUGCUCGCAGUUUAGCUGCUCUCGCUUUUCUAGCCGUUGGUGGGACAUUUGCUCUACAUCGUGCUCGCCUCCCGGAAACACUGGCUGGUUUCCACCACACCAUGAUCCCAGUCUGAGCAGCCAGACUGGGCAAAGUGGCUUUUUUUUUUUUCCUCCUCUCUGCACAAACUCACAGAGUGGCUAUUGCAAUUGCGCUGGUGGGUAUGGGAAAAACUGAGAGGAAUGCAGGAAAAAAAACAGAAUAAUGAAAUAAAAAAUGAUUCUAGAUUAUUAUAGAGAUGUGAACAUUUUGUGUAAAGAUGAUACUGGAAUCAUUGCACAUUUUUUGUUCUUUUUUAUAUCUAUAAAUAUAUAUAUAUAUAUUGUUUUUUCAUAGCCUUAUUUAUUUGUUUACUAAUGGUCAAAGUUUUUUUUUUUUUUUUUCUAUGAUUUGAAUGUCCUCUGGUUGCCUUUUCUCCAGCAGGAGUACUUCCCUCUGGCAGGGGGAGGAGAGGGAGAGAACAGGCAGCAAAGUCCUCCAGGCAUCAAUCUGCUGUGGCGACUGGCUCAUUUGUCUUAUAGUGCUGUAAACACCUCUUUGCCACUAAGACUGAGUUAGAUUUCUCUGGUGAUACUGGGAGAGCAGCUCAUUCACAGGAUUGUUUGCCUGCUCCCGGUCAGAAAAUUCAUUUAAGUCUGAGUAAAAUAGAGGAGGCUUCCUUGAGGACUCUGUCUUCUGUGAUAGUAAACUAAUUAUAUUUGGACUGUUGGUCAGGUAAGACAAGGUAUUUGAUUACAUUUAUUCCUGAUUUUUCUACAGUUUCUGAAAUUUUACUGACCAAAUAAUGAAUCAAGAAAAAUAUUUGAGAUUUGUAGUUGUAGCCCUAAAUGGAAGUCCGCCAUCAUCACUGCUUUUCCUGCUAGGACGGACGAAAAUGUCUGCUGUGAAAAGAUCCAUUACUGAAUGGAACAGGUAAACUCUUGUUUCCUGUUUCUGGAUCUAGUUUUUCCUCAUGCUGAUCCUGCAGGUCAAUGCCGCAGGAGGAAUGCAAUUGAGGUGAUGAUUUAAUUGUGCGUCACAGCCUCGUUGUCAUCAAGCUUUUUGGACUUUUGGUUUAAUAAAGACAGGAAAAAAAUCCUGCUUAAAAAGUUGUUGCUGCGUCAGAUAAAGCAUUAAGUGAGGAUCUCUCCUCUCCCAGCUCGACCGGAUCAUGUGUACAUGUGUACUAUACCGAGUGAUGACAUACUGUAAACUACGUACCGUGCAGUUAGCCUGUACCGUUUCUGUUUCUUCUAAUUGUUGAAGUUUGGUGUGGUGAGCGCUGCCAUUCCUGCUUGUAAAUGAGACGUUCAGAUUCAUUGAACUGCCUUCACUUUUUUUCCAUCUGACGUUUUUUUUCAAAAGCGUGCCUAAUCACGGUCCUGCCAUGGGAUCCCACUGUACAGAACAUCCCAGAACCCCCUGCAGCCCCAAGCAGAGGAGCACGUGGGCAUAUUAGUGCAUCUGACUGUGUGAUGGAUGAUGUGUGUCUGCGUUUGUGUGUGUUGCCCACAGAUUUCAGACUCCACAGGAAGCUGUGUGAUCUCUGGUCGGUUCCUUGCUGUUGUCUAGAGCAAUGAUGACUGGAACGUUGGAUUUUAAGUUUGUGAUGAUUAAGAUUUUUUUUUUGUAAAACAUUUUUUUUUUCUGUCUGAAUCCAUGGAGUUCCUGAGUGAAUUAUUUUCCUUGUCCACUUUUCUUUUUGGUUUCUUUUUGUGGUUCUGUACAGAUGAAAAUUGGACAGUUUGUUAAUAAUAAUAAAGUCUGCAAGGUUUCUA